AUGACGACGCCUCUUCCCAAACGAAUUAUAAAGGAGACAGAGCGAUUACAAUCAGAACCUGUGCCUGGCAUCUCCGCAGUACCCCACGACGACAACGCACGAUACUUCGAUGUGAACGUUGAAGGACCAGGAGGAAGCUGCUAUGAAGGCGGCGUCUUCUCCCUCGAGCUCUUCCUCCCCGACGACUACCCUAUGUGUCCACCACGAAUCCGCUUCCUCACCCGCAUAUAUCACCCCAACAUCGAUCGUCUGGGCCGAAUUUGCUUAGACGUGCUGAAGAACAAUUGGUCGCCUGCACUGCAGAUACGGACGAUUCUGUUGAGCAUACAAGCGCUGUUGGGUGCACCAAACCCCGAGGAUCCGUUGAAUGAGGCUGUGGCGAAGCAGUGGAAGGAGAAUCAAGCAGAGGCAAUAAAGACGGCAAGGGAAUGGACGGAGAAAUUUGCCCAGAAAAAGUGA